AUGCUUUACAAGAUUUACGGCACUGAAUAUUUUCUACAACCACCAAGAAUUAUUAGAAGCAAAGACGACUUAAAAAUUGUUUAUUAUUAUUUAAAUAAAUUGUUCAACUGUUCUUUUGAAUAUGGCUGGUUUGACGAUUUUAUAUUCAAUCCGGAAUUGAUUCAACUAUUAUUUGGAAAUGCUAAAAAAUUUUAUGCACAUCAUUCUAGUCUGUCUGUUACGGAUGACAAUAUUGAAAAUAUAUUUAAAUUUGCUUUGAACCAUUUAGUUGGGAGAACCCUUACAAUUUAUUUUCGUUUGUCUAAAGACAUGAAAAAAUCUAAAGAUGUUUCAUUUAAAAUUUUAACGAGUGGAGGAGACAAUUUUGAAAGAGUUUAUGUAAUGUUUGAUUGUUCUCCAGAAGGUAUAGAAAAAUAUAUAAAUGUACAAAUGAUUUAUGAUUAUAUUGUUGAGUAUAUAGCUACUUCUGGAGAUUGUUCAAAAAUGGCGUCCUUUAUUUCCUUAAACUAUAAUUUAACUUUUCCAUCUCCUAAAAUAAGCGAGAGAGCAACAAAUGUUAAAAUUAAUCAAUUAGAUAAUUCAACAACUACAACAUAUGAAAUUGUCAAUAUUCACAAUCCAAAAGUGAAAUUCUCCUUUUGCCAUGAAUUCUAUUAUGUUGACAUCAAAAAGAUGGAGUAG